UCCUUCUUUUUCGCUCCUUCGAUAUCGCUCGAGCUAAACGUCGUCGUUUCGAAUUGGGUUCUAAGGGCUUGGGGGUUGGAAAUGCUGAGAAUGGCGAGCUCGUUCCCGGAGGAGGUGCUGGAGCACGUGUUCUCGUUCCUGCACUCGGACGGCGACCGGAACUCGAUCUCGCUGGUGUGCAAGUCGUGGUACGAGAUCGAGCGGUGGUGCCGGGGCAGGAUAUUCGUCGGGAACUGCUACGCCGUCAGCCCCAGGAUUCUGAUCAGACGGUUCCCGAACGUGAGAUCCAUAACGCUCAAGGGGAAGCCUCACUUCGCCGACUUCAAUCUGGUCCCGGAGGGCUGGGGUGGCUACGUGUACCCCUGGAUCGCCGCCCUGGCCGGUGCUUAUCCUUGGCUGGAGGAGAUCAGGCUCAAGAGGAUGGUCGUCACCGACGAGUGCUUGGAGCUGAUUGCUAAGUCGUUAAAGAGUUUCAAGCUGCUUGUGCUUUCGUCCUGCGAGGGCUUCAGCACUGAUGGCCUCGCCGCCAUUGCCGCUAAUUGCAGGAAUUUGCGGGAGUUGGAUUUGCAUGAGAGUUAUGUGGAGGACCCGAGUGGGCAUUGGCUUAGUCAUUUUCCUGAUACCUACACGUCACUUGUCUCUCUUAACAUUGCAUGCUUGGGUUCUGAGGUUAAUUUUGCUGCCCUGGAGCGCCUGGUGGGUAGGUGUCCCAACCUUAGGAGUCUCAGGCUCAACCGUGCGGUGCCCCUUGACAAGCUAUCCAAUCUACUUAACCGUGCGCCUCAGCUGGAUGAGUUGGGGACAGGUGCCUACUCAACGGAGUUGCGACCUGAUGAUUUGUCAAACUUGUCAAGUGCCCUCUCGGCCUGCAAGAAACUCAAGAGCUUAUCUGGGUUUUGGGAUGUGGUUCCAACUAAUCUUCCAGCUCUGUAUCAUAUCUGCCCUCGGUUAACAUCUCUGAAUUUGAGCUACGCCAUUAUUCAAAGUCCUGACCUUAUAAAGCUUGUUAGCCAAUGCCCAAAUUUGCAGCGUCUUUGGGUAUUGGAUUACAUUGAAGAUGUUGGCCUUGAAACCUUGGCGGCGUCUUGCAAGGAUCUUCGGGAGCUGAGGGUGUUUCCAUCUGAUCCGUUUGUGUUGGAAGCAAAUGUGUCCUUGACAGAACAAGGCCUCAUUGCUGUUUCCGAGGGUUGUCCAAAGCUGCGGUCAGUUCUGUACUUCUGCCGACAAAUGUCCAAUGAGGCAUUGAUCACCAUUGCGAGGAAUCAACCUAACUUUACUUGUUUUCGCCUUUGCAUAAUCGAGCCCCGAACUCCCGACUAUCUUACGCUUGAACCACUUGAUGUGGGUUUCGGGGCCAUUGUUGAGCACUGCAAGGAUCUCCGGCGCCUGUCUGUUUCUGGCCUGCUAACUGAUCGUGCAUUUGAGUACAUAGGAACUUAUGGCAAAAAGUUGGAGAUGCUUUCUCUAGCCUUUGCUGGGGAGAGUGACUUGGGACUUCAUCAUGUGCUGUCGGGGUGUGAUAAUCUUCGGAAACUUGAGAUUAGGGAUUGUCCUUUUGGUGACAAGGCUCUUUUGGCCAAUGCUGCAAAACUGGAGACAAUGCGAUCCCUUUGGAUGUCUUCUUGCUCAGUAAGUUAUGGAGCAUGUAAGCUGCUAGGCCAGAAGCUGCCCCAACUUAAUGUUGAAGUUAUUGAUGAGAGGGGACACCCUAACACAAGGCCAGAGAGCUGUCCUGUUGAGAAGCUCUAUAUAUACAGGUCUGUUGCUGGUGCAAGGGUUGACAUGCCUGACUUUGUUUGGACUAUGGAUGACUCUGCAGUGAGGCUUGUAUGACCACCUGAUGAAACACACCCUUAGAUAUACCUACCCAUGGUUCAAAAUAUACGACCACCUGAUGAAACACACCCUUAGAUAUACCUACCCAUGGUUCAAAAUAUGGCAUUGAAGCUUACCUAUGGCUGGAAAAUGCAGGAUGGGUAUGGUAAAGCAGCAUAGCAGGUAAAUGCUACAUAUGGCAGUCGUUGUUUCACAUCUAAAUAUCAUCAUCGUAAUCGUAGCUAUACGGGAGGAGAGGUAUACAGAGGCUCGAGAGCUCGAUUGCCAUUCAUUUUACCAUUGGCUGAGCUUUAUGGGAUACCGGCUCUAGUAAUUAUUAUUAUUAAUAAAAAAGAGAAAUAUUAGAGUUUAGACUCGUGUUGUUGUAAUGUAUUAACAGAGCUAUUUUACUUUCGGCACAGCGCCACCAUGUAUACUAGCUGCAGAGAUGAAUUUUUGCUGCAUGUUUAUGUAUUUUUAUGUGGCCCUGUUUUUCAACAGGAAGAUGUAAUUUGGAACCCAUUUGUAUCACUAUUACUUAUUAGCUUCUCAUCAAAUAAAGCUUUUAAGAUUCUACUUCACUUCUUUC